CCCGAACUGAAGGAUGUCCAGGAUCAUGUCCCCGCGUUCCUCGCUCCCCCGCCGAUCCCGACCAUGAUAAACGCCGUUGGGGCGGUCGCCCGCAGGAUGCCGUCCGCGGCUCGGCGGAGCGGAUGCUGGAUCGCGUGGUGCCAGGCGGCGCUGCUCGGCGCGUCGGCGCUGGUUAUCGUGGCCGAACGGAGCGCUCUGAUCUACUGUAUAGGGUUUUACCUCUGGAACGAGGAGACGCAGUGGGCAGGCCUCACUCUUGGCCUCUUCCUACCAGGGACGGCAGUUCAACUGCUGAGUAUGAAGUGGUACUAUGAUGACGGCGAUGACAGGCGAUGCUACCUCUCUGUCAUACACAUACUGCACUUGGGCAUCUUCAAAAGGUUAUGGGACUGCAUUAGGUCUGUGUUGCACAGGCAGGACUCGGUGGCUGAGCUGGGAGCUGCUGUCAUGCAGCAGGCGGAUGCGGCUGCCCUUUGGCUGCUGGAGGCCCUCGUCCUCACGCUGCCUCAGAGCCUGCUGCAGGCCUAUGUGGUUGUGUCCACUGAUGUGGGCAUCAUGUCCCCAGUGGCCUAUUGCUGCGGUCUGUGUGUGCUGUCUAUUUCCUGGGCGCUGGUGCUGUACAGCAGGGCCUGCUGUCUGAUACGACCGGGCCACCUGGCCAUGCCUCCGGCUGCCCUGCUGUGCCAGCUGGUGUGGAGGGCGGGCAUGCUGGGUGCGAGGGUGACUUGCCUCAUGUUCUUUGCUAGAGUCUUUAACUGGUGGGUCUGCGGAGUGGCAGGUUUCCACUGGCUCACGGCCUCCUUCUGGCUGGUAUCGCAGCAGCCAGACAUCUGCACUGGCCCAUGGUGUUGGCGUGCCUUUAACGGCAUCAUGGGGCUGGUCCACGUCUUCGUCUUCCUCAACGUCAAAGACGGACCCUCACGCUUCCGCAUGGCCAGUUUUUAUGCAUUCAUGCUCAUAGAGAACGCCACUCUGCUGCUGGCCGCCUCCGACUUCCUGAGCGAAGCAUCAUGGGACAGCAUGACCCUUCCCACCACUGUGCUGUGUAGCUUUCUCCUUGGCGCUACCUCUCUUGUCUUGUACUACCGGUUCCUUCACCCCAAGUCAACAGAGAUCUGCCAGGGGACCAACCACAACCACAUGGGCAGCACGUGUAUAGAACGAGGGGAGUCCUCCUUCUCUCUCGGGGACAAAAGCCUGCCAGCUGCCUCUAUUCAAAACCACGGCAGCUUCUCCCUCUCAGGUGUGGCUGGCUCUCUGCUUGAGCACCCAGGGACCUGUGGGGGCCGGCCUAACAGCUCCUGCCCCUGCUACCACCACCACUGGCUCCUAAUCCGGCUGGCUCUGAAAACGGGAGACCUGGGGAAGAUCAACCGAGCAUACGGGGCCGGCGGAGCAGCGGCCAUACUGGACAUGGAGGAGUACAACCAAGAGUUUAAGAGUAACGAGGGCAUUACUAUCACAGCAGGGGGCAGCUGCGGGGGCGUCUCCACCUCAGAGUCUCAGGGAAGAGGCCUGGCGCCUCUCUCGGACUGCAAAGACGAGUUCCAGAGCGUCAGCGAGCCCACGUCGACCGAACAACCUGAAGAGGAGGACGACAGCCUGGAGAUGGAGAGCCCGCUGGAGUCGCCCGCAUCAGAUUUCAAACGUAGCUCACCCGAGGGCAAGUCUGUGUUUGGAGACAGUCCGGAGCCGUACUUCUGCCCAACAGAGUCGAGUUCAACCUUAUAUUUCAGCGCCGAUCCUCAGUCUCCCAGCAGUGCCAGUAACCCCCGCUUAGACCGGGACGUUGGGGGUCUGGAACAGGGCGUGCGCCUCAACUCAAUCCCCAGCGAUCCAGCCCUUCACAGAGAUAUCCGCGGGCUCAUGGGCCGGGUCGGGCCACGCUGCACUUCCACUCCUAAAUUAGACUCUGGAGUGCAGGACUCCCCGUCUUCUGUCCCCCAUCUCACAGGUCCCAGGAGGCAGCUUAUAAUGUCCCGGAGAGAUGAAGACGAUAACUUCUAGCUAUUAAGACAGCAUCAGGGAAAUAGCAGCAACUACUUAUCCAACAUUAAAGUACACCAGCUUUUUUGGAAGGCGGCUUUUUCAUCUGCUGUAGGAUGAGAAGGCUGGCACAAAUUUCACCUCUAUAUGUCCAUAUAGUCACUACACUGUGGGGCAUGGUAUAUGCAACAGUUUUGGGAUAAUGCUAAGCUAGCCUUCUCAAAUCAUAACCAAUUUUCUAAAAGCAUUGCUUUGCGCAAAUGCGCGGCACACAGAGGUGAAACCUUCAGUGGUGUUCAUUAGACAUGAGGGAGAUAAUUAAAGAGCCACAAAGGUGGUGUAUGGAGCUCAGACACACCUUCUACUUCUCUACAUCCAACAUUUUUCAACUCUUGUGGCAGCAAUUAAACUUUAAGCCUCAAGAAUCAUACUGUGCAAAAAAAAAAAAAAAGAGUGACUACUGGUUCUGCCAGAUUGCAACUACAUAUUAAAGAAGUAGCCAUGAGUUAUAUCAAAACGUAAGUAAUAUGCAGCUGUUUUAUGAUCUCGAACAACUCUUGAUCACUAUAUCACAUGCUGAAACUGCUGUUGUUCAUGUUAAUAAUUGCCAGCAGUUGGAUCUGAAAGGGAGUGUGUGACCUCUGAAUGCAUCUCAGCGUCAAGCCAGAGCUUUGUUGGCUUCUUAAAAGCACAAGUAUCUUCUGUACCAUACGUCUGUUGCUGUGAUUUUUUUUUUUUUUUUGUUAUUCCCAUACAAAAAAUAAUAAUAGUAAUUCCCUGAUGCCCUCAGAGAAUAAUACACUGUAUUUUUUGUAUAAUCACGUCAGCUGGCAUUGCUUCGAGCAGGGCUUGUCAACCUGGCAAAACCGUGUUUGAUGUUUUAACUUUAUUUACAUGUUGACCAUGUAAUUGCAAAAAAAAAAAAAAAAAAGUUUUGGGGAUUUACAUUGUGUUUGGAAGAAAAAAAAAUCAUGUCUCAGGCACUGACUUUAAAAAGCUUUCAAAUGUCUACUGUGUAACAAAAUGAAAAGAUGCUUAUGAGGCACUUGUGGUGACUCUUUUUAUGUGCUUUUGAUUGCUAUUUCUAGGGGGACAAAUGCAUUUUUGCUCAUUACUGUUCUGUAAAAGGGAUGAAAUCCACCAACAAAGCAGUGAAGUGAUGCUGGGUUUUCUCUUGCGCCCAGGUGACUGCCUAUAUGAAACUUUGAACUGUGAAGUGUAAGGCCACUGGUGGCUUUGAA